AUGAAUUGUUCAAUUGCUAUCGAUCGGGCCUUUGGGCCGAGUGUUCCUCAAUGCCGCAGAACAUUUGACUUUACAUUGUUGUUCGAGGAGACCAUCUUCUCCAUCGCUCCUUCGGCACUUUUUCUAUUGAUAGUUAUACUUCGACUUUCCGUUCUUUGGAAACGGCCUUCAAGAGUUCAAGGAGGUAAUCUGUACAAGCUCAAACUAGUGACCUCAGCUCUCUACGCCUCACUUCAAUUCUGCGUUCUCGUGGAGUACUGUACGGUUGGCCUAGCCAAAACCAAGGCUUCAAUACCAUCAGCUACGCUCGCAUUUCUUGCGUCAAUCCUGCUCUGCAUAGCCUCGGUUCUUGAGCACACGAAAUCAUCUGCUUCAUCAUUCCUGCUAUCUUUCUACCUCUUUACAACCAUUCUUCUCGACACCGUCCGAAUCCGCACUUUAUGGCAAAUUGGAGAAUUAACCGCUCUCUGCUUAACCUUCGUGGCUGCAUUCGUAGCAAAACUAGUACUGCUCGUCUUAGAAAGCUGGAGCAAAAGAAGGUACCUGGACAAAGCGGACAGUGAGGUAGCAGGUGAAGAACUUGCCAGUUUCCUGAGCCGGUCGUUGUUUCUUUGGCUUAAUCCGCUUUUGGUGAAAGGGUCUUCGAACUUUCUUACGCCGCCGGAUCUCAGUCCUGUUGAUAGCGCGUUGUCUUCCGCGAGGUUGGCGAAGCUGUUCGAGGGUGUUAACUAUACGCACUAUGAUCUUGCUCCUAAGUAUAAGUUACUUCUCGCUGCUAUGAAAUCUCUUGGCUGGAGCGCCGCGCGGCCAGUCCUCCCGAGACUUCUGUUGACGGGAUUCACAUUCGCGCAGCCAUUUUUGGUCUCUAGUAUACUUGACUAUCUCCAGAACUCAACAGCGAGGCCGAAGAACGAUGGUUACGGGCUACUUGGCGCCUGUUUUCUGGUUUAUGUUGGAAUCGCCGUAUUGAGCGGCUGGUACUGGCAGCAGACAAAUCGACUAACGACCAUGAUGCGGGGCGUCCUCAUCUCAUCCAUCUUCUCUAAAACCCUCAAGUUAAGCACCGAUGCAGACUCCGAGUCUAGAGCCAUGACACUUAUGAUCGCUGAUGUGGAAGCCAGUCUUAUCGAAACCGCACUCGCUACAUGGCUUUUGGAACGACAAGUCGGACUUGCCAGUUUAUCUAUGAUCGCUUUAGUUCUUGGCCUAACGUUGAAGCUCUCCAAAAUGGCCGGGCCUAGACAGCAGGCCUGGUUUGCCGCCAUGCAAACACGUAUCAAACCCACCUCCCAAAUGCUGUCCUCAUUCAAAGCAGUCAAGAUGCUUGGUGCUGAUGAGAGGAUACGAGCACUUAUCCAGUCGCUGAGAUACAUGGAGAUCAAAGCCGCGAGACCAUUCCGGAAUCUGCUUGUACAGAGAGUCGUCCUCUCAUAUAUUACGUUGAUCUUGUCACCGGUCUUGGUUUUCGGUACUUUUAUUGCCGUUUCGAAGCGUGGUGGCUCGGAAUUCGAUAUUUCGAGACUCUUUACGAGUUUGAUUUUGAUUUCGCUGCUUGCUACCCCUUUGAUAUACCUAUUUCAAAUGAUACCUGGUAUGGGAGCAGCGAUGGGGUGUUUAGAGCGUAUACAGAAGUACCUUGAUAUCGAGGAGCGGCCUGACUUCAGAGAAGUACAGCCCAGUACUCGGCAGUCGCCAUCAAAUGGAUCAGAUGAUGAAAAGGCCGGAGGAGGAAGUCGAUGUGAGGGAGGGAAAGCGAUGAUAUCUAUCAUAGGCGCCUCCUACUCAUGGACCACAACCAGCCGACCCGUCCUCAAGAACGUGAGCUUAUCAAUUCAUCGCGGAGAGCACAUCGCGGUCACCGGCCAGGUGGGCAGUGGGAAAUCUCUCUUUUUGAACGCAAUACUCGGUGAAGCGGUACAACCUGAAGGAAGCACAACGAUCUCCACCGCAGAGAUAAGCUACGAAGAUUGCGGCAUAAACGGAAUCAAGACGGUGUUGAGAAGUGCUGAGUGUGAUGUUGCUUGGCUGAAGUCGGUGACAUGGGCCUGUGCGCUUGAAGAUGUGAAGGGAUUGAAGGAGUACGCUGAGGGGAGUAUUGGGACGGGUGGUAUGAUAUUGAGUGGUGGACAGAAGCAGCGGCUUGCCCUUGCUCGCGCGAUCUACUCUAGAAAACCAAUACUGUUGCUUGAUGACCCGUUCAGUGCCCUGGACAAGACGACUCGAAAUCUUAUUUCGGUGCGUUUGUUUGGAUCAGGAGGUUUGUUGAGACGUCUAGGCACGACGGUGAUUUAUACGACUCAUGAUGGUAUGUAUUCAACCAAGUCCUUAUAUCUGGAUAGGCCUCUGACUGUGGUCUUAGAACAAUUUAAAGGCUCCGCAGACCGUGUGUUGGAGGUGGAUGCGGAAGGUAGCUUGACUGAACUUCCACACCAGAGAUCAAAUCUGCUUGACUUGAUGGAAAUCUCUUCCGUGCUAAAGGCUUUGCCAGAAUCGAAAGAAAAGGUUCUCGAGACCGUCACCGUGAAAAAAGCUUCCGAUUCAGAGACCAACCGCACGAAAUUAUUAAUUCAAGACAGAACGGUAUACAAAACUUACUUCAAAUCCGUAGGAUCCUUGCACAGCGGUCUCUUCCUCGCAGGCGGGGUACUGUUUGCCUUCACUCUGAAAUUUCCUGACCUCUGGGUACAAUGGUGGUCGGAAACUUCUUACGGUCCAGGUUCUCGAAGCUUGAACUACUGGAUAGAGGUUUAUGCCCUCCUACAACUACUUCCCAUACUCUCCCUCGGCUCCCUGCUCAACCGCUUCAACCAAGACCUCAUGCUCAUUGACACGCAACUGCCGCUCUCCAUUCUGAACACCAAUAGCAGCCUCUUCACCGCACUCAUGAAAAUCAUCCUCAUAACAAUAUCAGUCAUCUAUUUGCUCGCGGUGCUCCCUCCACUAUUCCUUGUACUCUUACUCAUCCAGAACUUCUACCUCCGCACCUCGAAACAGCUCCGACAUCUAGACUUAGAGUCCAAAGCAGCGCUACACACCAAGUUCCUGGAAACCUACUCGGGACUCACUACUAUCCGGGCAUUUAACUGGGGCGAGAAGUUAAAUGCAGAGUUUCUGGAUCUUCUGGAUAGAUCGCAGGAGCCAUUCUAUCUCCUACCCUCCGUGCAGAGCUGGCUACAACUAGUUCUCAACCUCAUCGUCGCAGGGAUUACAAUCCUCGUCCUCGGUGUCGCGAUCAGUAUCGAGAGGAAAGUCAAGCCCGCCGCAAUAGGCGUUGCAUUCCUGAACGCGACCACACUGGGAGAAACAUUAACGCAGUUUAUCGUCAGUUGGACAUCGCUUGAGACUUCUCUCGGCGCUAUAGCGAGGAUCUCGUCUUUUGUCAAGACCACACCGAGGGAGAAGGAACCAGCCAUUCCGGAAGAUAAUGUGUGGGCGAGCUAUGAUUCCAACCUCGCUUCUGACGAGGGGGAGGGCGAAACAAUGUUCUGUCUGAAGGAUAUCAAUCUCUCCAUUUCACCAGGCGAGAAAGUCGCAGUCUGCGGCCGUACCGGCUCGGGCAAAUCCUCGCUCGUCCUUGCACUGCUGUCUAUGCUCUCUCUUUCUUCUGGCAGCAUCCUAAUCGACGGAGUGGAUAUCUCGCACAUUUCUCUCUCAACUCUCCGCCUACGGCUGAACACUGUUCCGCAAGAUGUUUUCGCGCUUGCGAAGACUAAUCGCGAGGAGCUGGAUAGCAGGGGCGGAGUGAGUGAUAACGAGAUUAUUUACGUGUUGGAGAGGUGUGGGAUUUGGGAGAAAGUACUUGAGGAAGGGGGAUUAGACGGCCGUGCGGAGACAGCGAAAUUUUCAGCGGGCGAGGCGCAGUUAUAUUGUUUUGCGAGGGCGGUGUUGAAAAGUGAGACUGUGGGAGGUGGGGUGGUCGUUAUUGAUGAGGCUACAAGCAGUGUCGAUGAAGCGACCGAGAAGAAAAUCCACAACUUAACAGUUGAGAUGCUGAGGGGGAAAUCCGUGGUUUCUGUCUUGCAUCGACUGGAGACGGCAGUCAAGUAUGAUAAGAUUCUCGUUCUGGAUGAAGGGAGGGUGUUGGAUUUUGGGACCCCAGAAGAGGUCAUAUCGCGUUGUGAGCUGUUUAGUGCUUUCAGGGGUAAAGAGGAUGGAGGAGGAGAUACCAUCAAUACGUAA